CUCUCUCUCUCUAUAUAUAUAUAUAUAUAUGGACACACACACACAUACACACACAACGUAUCGCAUAGACAACGGUAUAUUCGAGCUAUAUAUGUUCGUAUUGAUGAAUAAUACAUAUUCCGUUUGAUUCUCUUCUUGUUCUUCAGUUACCUAAUUUUGCAAUCUUCUUAUCUAAUCUGAUAGACGAUAUUCCCCGAAGAUCUUCUGAAACCCAAUCCUUUAUUUCAAUAUUCAAAUUCAGAAAUCAAAUCCACAAACCCAUAUCCGAAACCCACCAACACAUUCGGCAAUCUCGUUCUAUUUCACUCUGUACUCCGAUUACUGACCCGUUUGGUUCAAUUUUUUCAUUUGAACCAAACCGAAAUUAGUUCAGUGUAGCGAUGGUGGUGAGGAUGAUGAAGUGGAGGCCGUGGCCGCCUCUCGGCCUUCUCCCGACGAAGAAAUUCGAAGUCCAGAUCGUCGUUUUCCGCCUUGAAGGACUCAGUGUAUCGCAGGAAAACCGGCCGGGAAUUCAAGAUUUUGGGCGAUUGGUUGUUGAGAUAAAGUGGAAGGGUUCGAAGAGUAAUGGACUGAGUUAUUUGAGGCGAAGUGUGAGAAGGAACUAUACAAAGGAGGAGGGCUUGAGGGAGGAUGGGAUUGUGGAAUGGAACGAGGAGUUUAGGAAUGUUUGCAGCUUCGGGGUACACAAGGAGGGCUUCUUUCAUCCUUGGGAAGUGGCAUUUACCGUCUUCAAUGCUGUGAGCCAAGGACACAUUAACAAGGUACCUGCUUUUGCAACUGCAUCGUUGAACCUUGCAGAUUUUGUCUCUGUAAAAGAAGAAAAAUCCCUUCAAAUCAGCAUUCCUCUCUGCGUCCAUGGCCAAAGCGUUGAGGGUAGCCCCUUAAUUUGUUUCUCUCUCAGUUUUUUAGAAUUGAGCACUGGCCAGGGACCUUCAGAAAUAGUGCAUGGAUCAGUAGCAUCUCUUCCUCUGGCACCUUCUCCAGAGGCUUUAUCAAAGGAGAAAGAUGAGGUUUCUGCUCUUAGAACAGGUCUACAAAAGGUGAAAGUUAUUACCCGAUAUGCUUCAGUCCAAAGAGAGAAAAAGGCAUCUCAUGAAGAAGAGAGCAGCGAUGGGAGGAGUUCUGUCAGAAGUGAGGGUGCUGAAUACAAUUACCAAUUUGAUACAGACUCGCCUGAUGAUCUUAAUGAAGGUGAAUCAGAGGAAGGUAAUGAGGAUUUUAGGAUUGGGAACUCAGUCGGUUAUGGUUCAUUGCCAUAUACAAAUUUUGCUGGAGCGUCAUUUUACUCAAAUGCAAACACUAGUGAAGAUGAGGACUGGAUCUAUUAUAGCAACCACAGAUCACAUGUGGGGAGUUUCCAUGCUCAGGACCUGACUGCAUCAGUCUCUGAUCAGUACUUUUCUCAGAGUUCGAAGCGCAGCUUUCUCCCAUGGAAGAGGAGGAAGUUGAGCUUCAGAUCUCCUAAAGGCAAGGGAGAGCCUCUGCUGAAAAAAGAUUAUGGAGAAGAAGGUGGAGAUGACAUUGAUUUUGAUCGUCGACAACUUAGUUCUUCUGAUGAAUCCACUCUUGGGUUGCACAAGGCAAAGGGGGAUCCAACUGCAGCAUCAGUCUCUGAAUUUGGGGAUGACAAUUUUGCUGUGGGAAGCUGGGAGAACAAGGAAGUAACAAGCCGUGAUGGAUGCAUGAAGCUCCGAACCCAAGUUUUCUUUGCAUCGAUUGAUCAAAGGAGUGAACAGGCUGCUGGUGAGAGUGCAUGCACAGCCCUGGUGGCCGUCAUUGCCGAUUGGUUCCAUUCCAAUUGUGACCAAAUGCCGAUCAAGUCUCAACUUGACAGCCUGAUCCGAGAAGGUUCGCUGGAAUGGAGGAAUCUCUGUGAGAAUGUGACUUACAUGGAACGCUUUCCCGACAAGCACUUUGACCUUGAGACAGUACUCCAGGCUAGAAUCCGUCCUCUCUGUGUGGUCCCAGAGAAGUCCUUCAUUGGGUUCUUCCAUCCAGAAGGACUGGAAGAGAUUGAAGGCUUUGACUUCCUCCAUGGUGCUAUGUCCUUUGACAACAUCUGGGAUGAGAUCAGUCAAUUUGGUUCAGACAAUGCCUGCAAUUGUGACCCUUUGGUCUAUGCUGUAAGCUGGAAUGACCAUUUUUUCGUCUUGAAAGUUGAACAAGACGCGUACUACAUCAUUGACACAUUGGGCGAGAGGCUCUAUGAGGGAUGCAACCAGGCAUAUGUCCUCAAAUUUGACAAAGACACAACAAUACGACAUUUACCCAAAGAGAAUCAACCAGCGGAUGAUAAAGCAGCAGAUGAGAAGACCCAGCCUGAAAAACCCAACGAAAUGACACAGCCUGACAACCUCAAGGAGGCCUUGAGUGAUAGGUCAGAGAUUGUAAUCCCUAACGAGUCAGGUACUAGCGAGGAUGAAGAAACUGUUGUGUGCAAAGGCAAAGAAUCUUGCAAGGAGUACAUUAAGAGCUUCUUGGCUGCAAUUCCUAUUAGGGACUUGCAGGUUGAUUGCAAGAAGGGAUUGAUGGCCUCGACACAUCUUCAUCAGAGGCUGCAAAUUGAGUUCCACUAUCUGCAGUGUUUGCAGCCUGCUGUGGCUCAGUUUUCUUCAACAGAAGCACCAGCUGAUGCACUGGAAAUCUCUACACUGGCAGUUGGUUAGGGCCAAAUCUUUUACAGCUCUGUUAAUUAUCAAGUGUUAAUAGUCUAACCACCUUUCCCUUUUGUCUUAUUGUUGAUGAAUGAGUUGAGAUUGUACAGCUUAUUUCAUCCUUGUAAUUUUCUUAGCCAUCAAUCUCCUUUUUAAAGGAAUGGACUGUCUCUAAUUGUCACUUUUACCAUCUCCUUCUGGAAUGAUGAUGAUGAUGAUCAUAAAUGAACUGUUUAUACUGCAAAUUAGCCCUGCUAUUUUGCUUGACUUUCUGGUGCUAAUCAAGCUUCCGUGUUAUCAA